AAUAGCAUUUCAGUGUACCAAAAACCAGUUUUACAUUACAAAAUAUGUUGGACACGACCGGAAUAAUGAAGAUAAAUGCCACAUAAUUAUUGUUAAUUGACCAAUUAGUGAAAUAAUCUAGAAAUGUAGACACAUUGUUUUCAGUUACCAGUCUGAAACUUCCAGGAAUAUAAGAAGCGCACAUUAGCGAUACAGAAGUUUUCUAUUUUUAUGAAAUGUUUGGCAUACACAUACUAGUGUCUAUGAUACUCAUCGGAUCAGUCCAGUUUAUAAGAAGCACAGGAAAUCAAAUUGGUUGUGGUAUUGUAGAGAUUGGAAAUGAAUAUUUUGAAUCGUGCAGAAAUGAGUUGUAUCUUGAGGACAUAUUCACAGAUUUUGAACAAGGUCGUGAUGGGGAAAUUAGACCAACUGCGUUUCUCGAGCAACUAUACUCGACUUGCAGUAAUUAUGAAUCUUACAUGAAAUGUGCUAAUUGCACUGCUAAACGUGUCUGUGAGGAUGAAGAAACAAAGUUAAAGGAAUUACUCAGUGAAAGAUGGGCGCUUUUUUGCGAUGGUGACCAGCCAUCAGACUGGCUAAAAAUAAUAUUACAGAACCAGUACAGCUACAACAUGUCUUGUGACCAUGUAUUUAAAAAGUCUUUCUUAGCAUGUGUACAAAGAUAUCAGACGGCUGAUACAAAUGCAACAUCUCUGACGGAUGUUUCUGAGGUGGCCAGAGAGGCUGUCUCAGGCAUCUUCAAAUGUGUAAUUGGAGAACUACUCAGCCAUAUGGAUUAUGUGAGACAAUGUGGAUCUUCGUGGCAGGAUAUCUUACUUACAGGCUGGCUCAAAAUUUCCGCUUCAUAUGGUCUUGCUUUUCGUAUCAACGAAAAUGAAGUUGAACAAUUGAAAAUGAUGAGAUGCCAGUAGGAAGAUUCAGCAUUUCUACUAAAGUACCACCAUUAACCUACUUUUUGACAGUCAAAUCCUAUCACAUCAAAUUGCCGAAUAUUUUGGCGAUUAAAUCUAUUAUGCAUUUAAAAUUUAACUUAAUAUAAUAAAAUAGUGCAGCAUAA